UGUGUGCCGAGGAUCUUGUCCAUGCAAAGCGUAAAAUACGCGUUCCGAGAGGAGCUCGUGAAUGCAGCACCAGAGGCGCGUCUCAGCGCGCAGCUGAGGUGAGCUGAAAACAGCGUGAGCUGGUUCAGGUCUGGCCGCACAGCCACAGAAAUGUGGACGGAGGCGCAAAACAAGAGCUGGGCUGUCAUCAGCGACGGAAACAGAACGAAGAUGGUUGACCCAGAUCUGACACUGCAGCUUUUAGAUGCUGUUCAGCUGAGAAAUGGUUCAGCUGCAGCCGCCACUCCUCCCUCCAGGACAGAGGACUCUUCAACCAGGAGUAGUGGGAUCAUCCCUGGGUUAAUUGCAGCCACAGUGUUCAUUGCCUUUUUACUUGCUCUCUAUGCCAUCCUCUGGAAGUGCAUGGUGUCACCACCACAACGAAAGCACAGCAAAGUGAGGGUGAGAGUACAACAAAGGCAUUCUGUGUGAAGACCGGCUUCCAGGUUGCGUCUGUUCCGCAGGUUAUUUUGGAUCGUAAUGGUGUGGACUAAAAUCUGAAAACAGACUUUGUUCCCUGUCAGUGAAAAGCACCAGACUGACAAUAUGCUGAGGAAUAUCCUCCUUCUAAUGGAUCCAAAGAUCAAUCCACAAAAAAAAACUGACGCAACAGAGUGGAUGUGUUACCCAUUUCCCACAGCUUUACUGUCUGCCGGUGGCCCCAUGAUGAUGUGAAUCACUUUUUCGGCAUGUCAGAUUGUGCUGCUGUUCUUCUGUUUUUAUUUUUAUUUUUUCUGUGAACUCUGCACUACUGAGAAACAAGGCUGUUUAGGCCACAGCUCGCUCCAGUGACCGAUAAGCUGUGUGUAUGUGUGUGUCAGAGAGAGGGAGAGAGAGACUGUGGUAUAGUUAGUAUAUGCACAUUUCUUUUCAUGUUUUAUACCUGCACCAAAUGGACAGUGGCAUUUUAAACAUAUCCUCUAUACUUGCAUUGUAUUUCCUAAUAGCAUUUUUAAAGUACACAAUAGCAUCAGUGGGUUCCAUUUACAUCUAUUUUGUUUCUUAAAGAUAUUUAGGAAAACUAAGGUUGCCUAGGGUGUUCAGGACAGUCAGCUAAUCACCUCGACUCAAGUCUUUACCGAUCAUUCCCUGUGGAAAUCUAGGAACUGAUUUUCAUUUUGUUUUUAUAGUUGUCCUUUGUUGUCGUCUUUAAAAUCCACAUGGUUUAUCCAAGCUACUCAGGAUGUUGUAACUACAGACUUUUGAUUCUCUGCAAUAAACUUUGUGUUUUUUCAUAUA